CAGGAUCCACCGCCCUAGCUCCGACACACAGCCACACACCGGUAGAGGAGGUAACAGUGUCCCCCCUCCUACAGGUGGACAGAGCCAGCCAAGGAGGCGCAGCCAACUCAGCAAGCCCUGCCAGCAGACGCUGUUCACACUGACCUGUGCGGACAGAUUGCGAACGAAGCCACACUCACACUCGGUGACAGCUGGGUGACACGCGUCCGCUGCCAGGCCUCUCAUUGUUGGGUCCGGAGACGACAGGAAAAUGACGUCCAAUGACCAAAAGGUCACUCGCAGAGCCAAGGUGGCUCCUGCCAAGAGGAUGAGCAGGUUCCUGAAGCACUUCACCGUGGUCGGGGACGACUACCACACGUGGAACAUCAACUACAAGAAGUGGGAGAACGAGGAGGAGGAGGAGGAGCCGGCCCCCACCCCAGCGGAGGGGGAAGGCAGUACCGUGGGCACAGAUGCUGAGGCUGGCCCUGUCCCCGCACCCAGGCCGACCCUGGACUUCAGGAACAGGCUGAGGAAGCUCUUCACUUCCCACAGGUUUCAGGUCAUCAUCAUCUGCCUGGUGAUCCUGGAUGCCCUCCUGGUACUUGCUGAGCUCCUCCUGGAUCUGAAGAUCAUUGAGCCAGACAAGAAAGACUAUGCGGUCAAGGCCUUCCACUACUUGAGUUUUGCCAUCCUGGACUUCUUCAUGUUGGAGAUUUCCCUGAAGAUCUUUGUCUUCCGCCUGGAGUUCUUCCACCACAAGUUUGAGAUCCUGGACGCCAUCGUGGUGGUGGUGUCCUUCAUCCUCGACCUCAUCCUCAUCUUUAAAAAGCACCAGUUUGAAGCUCUUGGCCUGCUGAUCCUGCUGCGGCUCUGGCGGGUGGCCCGGAUCAUCAACGGCAUCAUCAUCUCGGUGAAGACGCGCUCGGAACGGCAGAUCUUAAGGUUAAAGCAGAUAAACAUUCAACUGGCCACCAAGAUCCAGCACCUGGAAUUCAGCUGCUCUGAGAAGGAACAAGAAAUUGAGAGACUCAACAAGCUGUUGAGACAGAACGGACUUCUCGGGACGGGAACCAGCCUUCCUGAAGCUCUACCCUAGAGAAGCCGGGCGCUGGCCAGAGAGCAACUGUGUGCUGCCAAGUCCAGUCCUCAUCUUUGCCUUGGCUUGCGCUCGCUGGAUGCUGGGGACACAUCUCUGU